AACUCGACCUCCUCGGCAGGGUCUUCGUUGGUGGCGGCGGCGUGGUGGGAGAACUGGAUGAGCGCGCAGUUUCCGCUCGAGGACGUUAGUUGGGAGAAGUAUAGCCAUGUUUUGUAUUCGUUCCUCGUAACGCAGGCGGAUGGUCUUAUUAGCGUGGAAGGAACAGAUACGACCCUAUUACCACAAUUCGUGGAACUUGCGCAUGCGAAUGGCACGAACGCGAUGCUCUCGGUCGGAGGCUGGGGUGGCUCGGUCUAUUUCUCUUCCUCGGUCGGCUCAGCUGCCAACCGAACCGCAUUCGCUCAAUCUGUGUUGAGCGUGAUCAAUCAAUAUGGCCUCGAUGGGGUCGAAUUCGAUUGGGAAUAUCCAGGCGGAGGGAACGGAAUCGGGUGUAACGUGAACUCCACGUCGGACACGGCCAACUUCCUGCUCUUCCUCCAAGAACUCCGCGCUCAGUCUAAUGGAAGCAGUCUCAUCGUGUCUGCUGCUGUGGCGGACGCUCCGUUCGCAGACGCUUCGGAUGAUGAUAUUGCGGCUUUUGCGGAGGUGUUGGAUUACAUCGAAAUGAUGAACUACGACGUCUGGGGCUCUUUCUCCCAAUUCGUCGGCCCCAACUCGCCCCUCGCGGACGCUUGUGCGCCAUACCAAGACGGCUCCGCGACGUCCGGCGUUCAAAAAUGGACGACUGCAGGUUUUCCGGCGAAUCAGAUCUUGCUCGGCGUCGCGUCCUAUGGACACUCGUUCCUGGUCUCUCAGGCUAACGCCCUCACAUCUUCCUCCUCUUCCUCUUCCUCAGGCUCGGGCAACUCAACCUCGGGCACGCUCGCGCUCUACCCCUCCUUCGAACAAGGAACCCAACCGCAAGGAGAUUCCUGGGACGUCUCUUCGGCGGGCACGACGGACGUGUGUGGGAAUAGUGCGUCUGGGUCUGGGUUCAGUGGGAUUUGGGACUUUUGGGGAUUGGUGCAGGAGGGGUGGUUGGAGGUUGAUGCGAGUGGGGGGAAUGUGACUGCUCAAGAGGGGAUCGAUUGGACGUACGAUGAGUGUAGUCAGACGCCGUUCGUAUACAAUCCGACUAGUCAGAUUAUGGUCUCGUACGACGACCCCACGUCUUUCGCUGCGAAAGGGCAAUUCAUCGUCGACCAAGGAUUAGCCGGGUUCGCGAUGUGGCAGGCCGGUGGGGAUUAUAAGGAUAUGCUGCUGGAUAGCAUUAAUGGCGCGAUGGGGAUUGAUACGACUAUAUGCGACGCGUGAGCUGUGGCACGACUAUAUGCUAUGCGUGAGAAGUGGGGAGUGAACAUCGAUGUUAGAUGGGGAGCUUAUAUGCAAGUGUUACUGUAUGCCCAAUGCCUACGUCGUUCGUGUUUUGUAUAUAUUUUUGCGAUUUUCA